AUGACGGCAUACGACUCUCCGAUUCGGCUCGCCAAUGGAUCUAAAGUCUCCGGCCGUUUCUCUCGCGUCUUCCCCACCACCUCCUCGUUUGCUCCCAAAAUUUCCUUUACCCCAUCCCACAAUCCCGCAUUCUCAUUUUCCCAGCUAGAUAGUGGUUCUUCUGGGGAAGUAAAUAGUUCGUUGGUAGAGGAUUCGUUGGAUUUGAUGAAUCAAUGUGAUGUAUAUGAUGGGUCGUGGGUGAGGGAUGAAUCUUACCCUCUAUAUGGUGCUGGUUCAUGCCCAUUCAUCGAUGAGCAGUUUAACUGUUUUCUAAAUGGGCGGCCAGAUAAUAAUUACCAGAAGCUGAGAUGGCAACCCAAUGCCUGUGAUAUUCCCAGGAACGAGAAUGAUUGUUUUCUAAACAGAUGUAAUAAAAACUAUAUGUUUGAUUAUGAUUGCUCAGUGGAGUUCUUUCGGUCUCCAUUUUUGGUUCAAGAAUGGGAAAUGCUUUAUGUGAAUGGGUCUAAAAGAUCAACUCUUCGUCUUGAUUUGCUAGAAAGAUCAUCUGGAAGAUACAGAAGUGCAGAUGUCCUCAUUUUUAACACUGGACACUGGUGGACACGAGGAAGAACUGCAAAAGGGAAGGGUUACUUCCAGGAAGGUAACCAUAUCUAUGCUAAAUUGAAUGUUAUGGAGGCUUUUCGGAAGGCUAUGAUGACCUGGGCUAGGUGGAUUGAUGCCAAUGUAGAUCCUGCAAAAACAAUUGUGUUCUUCAGUGGCUACUCUCCUGCACAUUUUAGGGGAGGACAAUGGAAUUCUGGUGGGCAAUGUGACAGAGACACAGAGCCAAUUAAGAAUGCAAUAUAUCUGUCUGAUUAUCCACAGAAGAUGAGAGUGUUGGAGGACGUGAUGAAAGGGAUGAGGACACCAGUGCUCUAUCUGAAUGUUACAAGAAUGGCAGAUUAUCGCAAGGAUGCGCAUCCAUCAAUUUACAGGAAGCAAAAGUUAACAGAGGAGAAAAGGCAGUCAACAUUGCAGUUCCAAGAUUGCAGCCAUUGGUGCCUUCCUGGUGUACCUGAUACGUGGAAUGAGCUCCUAUAUUUUCAGCUUUUGAAAUAUUAUAAACAGCAGCUCUGA